AUGGACACCACACUGGAUCGUACGUACGUAUCGGAUUACUUUGCCAAUCUGAACGAAAUCUCCAAAAAGAUCGCAUUAGACAUUGACGAGAUACGGGGCGCGUACGAACACAUAUGGGAUGAUCUGAGUCGCGAAGAGCAGAUGGAAAUCGUGAACGAAACCAUCAUCAAACCGGAGCUGGCAUUGAAAUACUUUGACAAUUUCUCCACAUCGACCGAUUCGCUGCAGCGAAUUCUCGGCACCGAUGACGAUGAAGCAAACCCGGGCGAGGAAGAUCGAAACGCGAAUCUUUACGAUGGCAAACGUUUGCAAACUUUCCAGUACGUGCGUACCGGACGCAAAGUGGUGACGGACGAUAGUGUCGGUCUGUACCGGGACGAACAUUCGGCACCGUUUGCACACAAAACUAAAAGCCAAAUCAAUUUAACCAUCUUCCCACCGGAAAAGGAUGGUAAGGACGGAGUCAAGGCGGCAGGAUUGCUGGCGAAAAAGUUGCUGCUCAAGUCACCGAAACCGAACGAUGCGAAUGGUGGAUUGGCGAAAGGAAAUGGGACGGCAGCGGCUGCAUUGAUGAAAGGAUUGGCAAAGAAGGCACACGACGAACCACUCGCAAAAGAGCUGCCAGCGUACGAUAGUGAGCAGAACAUUAUCCUGACGGAGGAAGCGUACGGUACGAAGGCAACCGGUGCGGGCUUUUUGAGUAAGUUUAACAAUCUCAUUUUCAAUCAAGCACCGAUGGAAAUGACAACGGCGGCAUCGGCUGCUUCGAUCAACGGUAGCGACGAGAUCGAUGGUACGCUCGAGCAAGACGAGUUCGAUGCGGACAAUGAUAAGGUAAAUCUGUUUGCCAAGAGCUCCAAAAAUGAGUGCCUUCAUCGUGCGCAAUCAUCGUCAGUUGAGGAGGACGAUAAGAACUACGACGAGCUGAACAGCUUGCUCGGCAACAGCAAAGGGUUUGAUUUUUUGAACAACUGGUAG